UUUACUUCACCAGUUGACCAUGUUAUCAUCAUUAUCAGAACUACCAAUUCGUAACUGCGCGACGACAUAAAGACCAUAGUAUCGGAGAGACGACGAACGCAAAGCUGGGACGGAAAAAAGUAGCAUAAAAUUAAUGAUUGAAACGACAAAUAAAUAAUUAUUAAUUGAUAUUAUCGUAGUUAUUGCGUUAAAACAGUUUUCGUCGUAGUUUUCGUGGUAUUGUUGUUAUUAUUAUCAUAUCAUCAUUAUUAUUAUUAAUUUUCUUUGUUUUCGUUCUCGUACCGUCGUCGGAACUGUCGCGUAUUGUUUUCUGUGCGCAAUUCCAAGUGGAUUCCCGUCGUCCGCUGUGACUUGAAGUGCGCCAUCAGCAGUACACGUCGGCAGUUGAUUUUUGGUGCUGCGAUCGAUGUCGAAUGUUUCGGACGUCGUCGUCCGCAUGACGAAACCUCAUCUUUCGGUGGUCGAUCGCUCAUAGUACGACGCACGCGAUACAGACCAACAACUCAAACCUUCGCCGUCCGUGUUCGUUCGCGUCGUCCUGCAGCGGUGUUCGCGUGAACGUUCGUUGCAUGCGAGAUGGGAGCAAAGGCCAGCACGGCCAACGGCGAUGACGGCGGCGCCGGUCACGGCGACCACCGGUCGUUCACCUCCGGCAACGGGUCGGAUUCUGUGCAAACGGCCGGCAACCCUGGGUUCAGCAUUCUGCGUUCCCUGCCCAGCGCUGUAGCCAACGACAGACAGCGCGCCAGGUCUCUGUCCGGUGUGCCCAAUGGCCAUGACAACAACAGCAACUCGACGAGUCCGCGGUUCGAUAUCACAGAUGUCUUGGAAGCUGACAGCAGCUCGAACGACGACCAGAAUUUGGACAGUCCAACGGUCACUGCUAAUAUCAGUCUUGGACGUGUUUAUUCGGCUCACUCGUUACCUGCACAUAUUUGGCCAUUCAAUGGAAUUAAGUGUCCAGUAUGUUCAAAGUUCGUUUUACCAGACGAGAUAGAAGUACAUCUGAUUAUGUGCUUGACCAAACCUAGACUGAUUUACAACGAAGACGUUUUAAAAGAUGAUAAAGGUGAAUGUGUCAUAUGUUUGGAAGAACUGAUACAAGGUGAUACCAUAGCCAGGCUUCCUUGUCUUUGCAUAUACCAUAAAACAUGUAUAGACCGGUGGUUUGAAGUGAACAGAUCGUGCCCAGAGCAUCCUGGAGAUUGAACCGUUUAUACACAGACUUCGAACAAAAUCUGAAAAGGGGAAUAAAAAAUAAUAAUAUAACAAAUAAUUGUUGCGCAGCUAUAUAUAUUAUGAAUAAUGAUUAUGAUGUAAUGAUUAAUAAUUACUCAAAUUUUUUUUUAACGACUACGAGAAGUCGAAAACGUCAAUCCCGAACUUUAUACUAUUAUCAUUUACCA